UCCGCUCCAGUUCCAGAGCGUCGCAGUGCAGCAUGUUGGUGUGAUGUUUUGAAUGCACCCGCCCAGUUUUCCCGCGCUUCUUCAGAGUGACGUGUUUCCUGUCCGUUUGUUGUUGUCUGGUCGCAUACUAAACCAAAGAUAAACUGAUUUCUGGCCUUUCAGUCGUGACAUGGUGUAAUGCUGACUUUAAGUCUAAGUACGGUGCUUUAGGGCAGGAGAACACGGAGCUGCUGGUGCUGUGGUUUGGGCUCGAGCUGAGCUGUCCAUCUCAACCCUGACUGCUGACCACCAACUGGAGGCAGGUGCAGGCAUGAGCAAAGCGAAGAUGAGCAGGGACAGACGGAGCAACCAGCCUGCAUUUGGUAGAGUGACGCGCAGCUUCAUCGGCUCUCAGGAAUCCGCUCCAUCCUCCUCCCAGCAGAGCAAACCCUCAGACUCGGUCCUACUCGAUGACCUGAGUCUCAUGAGGGUGAGCGAGCUACAGGCCUCAUUAGCGCGGAAAGGGAAAGCACUAAAAGCAGGCACUGAUGUCAGUAAGAGCACAUCAGGUCGCUCAGUCCCACAGGGAGCUCUGGAGACUGUGGGCCGGCUCAUGAAGCUAGGGCGCUUGCGUAACGUGGUAGUGGUGGCUGGCGCUGGAAUCAGCACUGCCAGUGGCAUACCAGACUUUAGAACACCAGGCACUGGCUUAUAUGCCAACCUGGAAAAAUACAACGUUCCCUACCCCGAAGCAGUCUUCAAUAUCGACUACUUCUCUGAUGACCCCCGUCCUUUCUUCUCGCUGGCCAAAGAGCUGUACCCUGGCAGACAUCGACCCAAUUACAUCCAUUACUUUAUCCGCAUGCUUCACCAGAAAGGUCUGCUGCUCCGCAUGUACACCCAGAAUAUCGACGGCUUGGAGAAAAUGUGCGGUAUUCCUGAUGAUAAACUGGUGGAAGCUCACGGAAGUUUUGCGACUGCCUCCUGUCACUUGUGCUAUACACCGUUUCCUGCUGAGGAAGCCAAGAACGCCAUCAUGACUGACAGCAUCCCCACGUGCACGUUCUGCUCCGCCACAGUCAAGCCGAAUGUUGUGUUUUUCGGAGAGGAUCUGCCCGAAAAAUAUUUCCAACAUGAAACAGACUUCCCCAAAGCGGACCUGCUCAUCAUCAUGGGCACUUCUCUAAAGAUUGAGCCCUUUGCCAGCCUGGUGAACACGGUUAAACCCAGAGUUCUACGUCUGCUGCUAAACCGACAUGCAGUGGGGCCGUUUGAGCGGAAACCCCUGAGGAGAGGAGACUACGUGGAGCUGGGAGACCUGGUGGAUUUGGUCAGACGACUCGCUGACAUUCUGGGCUGGCAUGCAGAGAUUCAACAUCUGAUGAACAGCAGUGAGAACGAGGAUUUGCAAAACAUCCCCAUGGUCAUACCUGGUCCUCAUGCAGACGGCGGACAGCAGCACAGAGCCUGCUCCUGCAGCAACAGUGAAGAGAGUGACUCGUCAGAGACGGACAGCAAGGGCACUUGAGUUACAGAAUACAGUCACAUGCUGCCCCAGACCUCUAAAAUUACUGCUCUGAUACAGGCCACAUUAUCAUUCUUUUUAUUUAAGGUGUCUUUCUUGACAUGUCAGAGGCACAUUCUUACCUCUGUGAGCAUUUUAAUAGGAUUUGAAAUGACUAAUUAUUAAUAUAAAAUAUUUAACUGUCUACAUAUGAAAAAAACUUUUGUCUUUAAUAGUUUUAAACCUGAUGCGAUUUUACAAGACAGAAAGUAGGUAUUUCGAUGGACAUAAACUACGGGCAUAGGCAUGUACAUACGUGUAUGCGCGUUGGGUCAAAGUGUACUCGGUGGAACUUGGAGCAGGUCCAGCUCUGAGAGGACAGUGCUAAAUUAGCAUGGGAGGCGUGACCUCCUGAGUGUGUAGUGUCCCGCUGUGUGUGUUUUCACAGGCACUGCAGUCUCCAAGCUGGGGCCUCCCUCCAAAACUCUAAUAAAUGUCUCUGCUUGGCAACAAAGAACCAAUAUCCUGCUGCUGUGUGUAUGUGUGUGUGAGAGAGAAUGUGUAUUUGCUUCUUUGUGUCAGUGUGAGUAAAUGGCUGUCAAAAGGGUGGUGUGUGAGAGAACUGCAGUUUUGCUUGCCAGUGUGUAAUUGAGAGAAAGCAAUUAUUACAUUUUGCACAGUCGAUUAAAUAAUGAUCACAUAAUCCUGACCGUAUCUGCUCACAUCUCUGGCGUUGGUUCAUGUUUCAGGAUAAUCGUAACAAGAAGUCUCAAUGUCUGUCUUAAAACCUCUGUUAGAUUUGUUCAAACUGAGACCGAGUUUUUUUUUUUUGUGUUGUAUUUUUGUGCCUUCCUAAUGGAUGGUGUACUUCUUAACUUUAGAUCUGAACAGUUUGGGAAAAGGGUGUAUUCAGGAUUCCCAGAUGCUGCUGAUUUAUUUUUAUUAUUUUUUUUACAUGCAUUGUAUCUGUAUCAAUUUA